AGUUCGUUUUCACGGCCCAGCAAUAGUAAAUUAUUAUUCACUCAAUUGUUACUAAUCCCAAGAAUUCCCUAUUAAUCCGAGAAUCUCCAAUUUCAGAUAAACAGAAGAAUCGCUGCAAUAUCGUUUUUAGAUGAAUAAAAGGAAUAAGAUUAAUUAGUUAACUCAAUUUUUUAAGUUUUACCUCAUUUUAUUUUUUUCAAUAGUUUUUAAUAAUCGAAUAUUAAGGAUUAAAAAUGCAGCUUUGGUUGAAAUUGGGGAUAGCGGGGGGUUCUCUUUUUAUGUUCGGUACACUUUUUGGAUUUGCUAUUUUUCCGCCAUUUUUGAGAAGUCAACUGAAGAAGCAAGUGACCUUGAAACCUGGAGGGGAUAUUCGAGAAAUGUGGGAGGUUGUGCCCUUCAGCUUGGAUUUCAGAAUUUUCCUCUUCAAUAUCACAAAUCCUGAUGAGAUCAAGACGGGAGCCAAACCCAUCGUCAAUGAAGUAGGCCCAUUCUUCUACGAUGAGUACAAGGAGAAGGUCGACCUGGUCGACAAUGACGAGGAGGACACGUGUGAAUACAGUAAUAAAGCGACAUGGAUGUUUGCCCCGGAGAAGAGUGGAGUAGGACUCUCUGAGGAUACUGUCCUGACAUUUCCUCACGUGAUGAUCCUGACCCUGAUCCUGACAGUUGUCAGAGAAAAACCUGGAAUGAUGGGCCUUGCCGCCAAAGCCGUGGAUAGUAUUUUCAAAAAGCCUGAUUCAGUAUUUGUCAGGGCAACAGUACGGGAAAUUCUCUGGACAGGUUUACCAGUGGAUUGCACGGUUCAAGACUUCCAGGGGAAAGCUGUUUGCUCAUUGCUUGCUGAGAAUGAAGGGGCAUUCAUUGUUGAAGGCCCUGGAAAAUACAGAUUUGCUCUUCUGGGGGCAAAAAAUGGUACAGUGGUACCUGACAGAUUGAAAGUAAGACGCGGUAUCAAGAAUUAUCGACAAACCGGUGAAAUGGUGUCAUACAAAGGACUGGAAAGACAAACUGUUUGGUCGGAUGAUGGACCUUGCAAUGCACUUCCUGGAACAGAUUCCACUAUUUUCCAUCCCCUGCUCUACAAAGAUGAGGAUAUCGUUUCAUUUUCUCCAGAUAUGUGCCUCAGUCUGCCAGCGUACUAUGUGAAACCUUCCAAAGUUAAAGGUCUUAAAACUAAUCACUACAACGCAGAUUUCGGUGACAUGAAUAACGACGAGAACCUGAAGUGUUUGUGUACAGCCCCUGAUCAAUGUCUGAAGAAGGGAUAUAUUGAUCUCUUCCCCUGCCUCGGUGCCCCCAUGGUUGCAAGUCUCCCACAUUUCUACCUCGCUGAUGAGUUUUACUUGAGCCAGGUCGAUGGUCUUCACCCCAAUAAGGAGGAACAUCAGAUAUUUAUCAAUUUCGAACCGAUGACAGCCACACCUGUAGAAGCAAGGAAGCGUUUACAAUUUAAUAUGUUUAUUCAUCCAAUCGAGAAGUUCAAACUGAUGAAAACUUUCCCAGAGGCUCUCCUUCCAUUAUUCUGGGUGGAGGAAGGUCUUCUCCUGGGAGAUGAAUUUGUGAAGCAGCUGGCGAUGGUUUUCACGAUGAUUAAAGUUGUCGGGAUUAUGAAGUGGUUGAUGAUGUUUGGAGGUCUCGGAUUGGCUGGUACCUCUGGUUUCCUGAAGUACAGAGAUAUGCAGUCCUCUGAUAAGCUAUCAGGAAUCACGAAGGUUUCUCCCAAGACCACUGCGAAUGCAACUGCACCUGACAGCACCGAGAAAAAGUGGCCUCUGAAUGUCAAUACAUUGCAGGCACAAAGUGUCCCAGCCUUAGACGUAAUGCAACGUUGGUUGAAGCUGGGGAUAGCAGGAUGCUGUCUCUUCAUAUUUGGGAUUGUCUUCGGUUUCGUUAUCUUCCCAUUAUUGGUGAAGAGCCAAGUGAAGGCGCAAGUUAAUUUAAAACCCGGAACAGAAAUGCGAGAAAUGUGGGAAAAAACGCCUUUCCCCAUAGACUUCAGGAUUUUCCUCUUUAAUAUUACAAAUCCCGAUGAAAUCAUAGCGGGCGCUAAACCAAUCGUCAAUGAAGUCGGUCCAUUCUUCUACGAUGAAUACAAGGAGAAGGUGGAGGUGACGGACGUUGAAAAGGAUGACACCAGUGAAUACAGUAAUAAAAUAACGUGGCAGUUUUCCCCUGAGAAAAGCGGAAUGGGACUCUCUGAGGACACAGUCCUAACUUUUCCCCAUGUGAUGAUCCUCAAUAUGAUCCUCGCGGUGAUGAGGGAGCAACCAGGGACAAUAAGCUUUGCUACUAAAGCGGUCGACAGUAUUUUUCACAAGCCGAAUUCAGUGUUCAUCAGAACUACAGUGAGGGAAAUCCUCUGGACCGGAUUACCACUUGAUUGCACAGUACAAGACUUUCAGGGAAAAUCGGCUUGCUUGCUUCUCGCUGAGAAAGAAGCAGCCUUCAUUAAAGAUGGCCCAGGAAAAUACAGAUUUGCCCUCUUCGGUGCGAAAAAUGCGACAACGGUAAAAGAUAGAAUAAAAGUCCGACGUGGUCUUCAGAAUUAUCUGCAAGUGGGGGAAAUGGUAGAGUUCAAGGGCGAGAAAGUACAAGAGAUUUGGGGCGAGGAAGGAUCUUGCAACAAUCUAACUGGAACAGAUAGUAGUAUCUUCCAUCCACUUUUGUAUGAAGAUGAGGACAUGAUCUCGUUUUCUGUGGACAUGUGUCUUACUGUGCCAGCACGCUAUGUAAAACCCUCCAACGUCCAAGGUGUUCCUACAAAUCAUUACGUGGCUGAUUACGGUGACAUGAAUAAGGACGAGCACCUGAAAUGUCUGUGUCCGGCUCCAGAUAAAUGUCUGAAGAAAGGGCUUAUUGACCUUUUUCCUUGCAUCGGUGCCCCGUUGGUUGCCAGUCUCCCACAUUUGUACCUCGUUGAUGAUUUCUACUUGACUCAAGUCGAUGGUCUCCACCCAGAGAAGGAGGAGCACCAGAUAUUCAUAAAUUUAGAGCCGAUGACAGGAUCACCAGUAGAAGCGCGGAAACGCUUGCAAUUCAACAUGUUUAUUCGUCCAGUGGAGAAGUUCCCAUUGAUGAAAACUUUCCCACAGGCACUUCUGCCAUUAUUUUGGGUGGAAGAGGGUCUUCUUCUAGGGGAUAAAUACGUGAAUCAACUCAAGACAGUCUACACCCUGAUCUCAAUCGUCGGGAUAAUCAAGUGGCUGCUGAUAUUGGGCGGCUUGGUGUUGAUCGGUACUGCCGGUUACUUGAGGCGAAGAAUUAAAAAAGGAUCCAAAAUUGAUAUCACGACAAUAUCUCCCCAAUUCACGGCAACUGCACUAAACAGCAUCGAUAAAAAACAGUCAGAUCUCAACACAUCGCAAAGUGCACCUGCCGAUAGCUGAUAGGAAUAAAUUUACCGAUCAUUCUGCUCAAUUCAAUCACUGCUCAAAUAAUAUUAAAGUAGACCUUUGAAAAUCAAUCAUAAUAAAAUGAAAUUGAAGAGUUACCUGAUAUUGUCCGCCAUUUUGAACCUUAGAAAGGCGGCCGACAAAAUGGCGAAGAACAUCGGGUAAGGACUGAUUUUUUCAAACGAUAUACAUCUCCAAAAAGAUCGCCCAUGAGGAAAAAAUCGUAAUAAAUGAUUUGUAUAAAGAAUUCUGUAGUGAAAUUGAAAAAUAAAAAUAUUUUCACUAUUCUCAGCCCUAA